AUGAAUACAAUUAAUCAAAAUGAUCCUUCUGUUAGCGGAAAUGAUGAUGAUGAUAUAGUUAAUCCAUGGGAAGUUAAAGCAGGGUCUGCAGCAGGUGUUGAUUAUGAUAAAAUUAUUGGUAAGAAACGAAUAGAUCUUGAACAAAUUUUAACUGCUUACGAACAAAAAACACCAUUUUAUCUUUAUACUGGUCGUGGUCCGUCAUCUGAAGCAAUGCAUCUUGGACAUUUAGUACCAUUUAUUAUGACAAAAUGGCUACAAGAUGUAUUUGACGUUCCAUUGGUUAUACAAAUGACUGAUGACGAAAAAUUUUUAUGGAAAGAUUUAACUGUUGAUGAAGCAAACCGUUUAGCACAUGAAAAUGCAAAAGAUAUAAUUGCAUGUGGUUUUGACAAAGAAAAGACAUUUAUCUUCAGUGAUUUUGAAUUCAUGGCCCAGUGUCCAAAUUUCUACAAAAAUAUCUGCAAAAUACAAAAGUGUGUUACAUAUAAUCAAGUAAAAGCUAUAUUUGGGUUUACUGAUAGUGAUAGUAUUGGUAAAAUAGCAUUUCCAGCUGUGCAAGCAGCCCCGGCUAUAAGUACAUCAUUUCCAUUUAUAUUUGAUUCUGAGCAAAUAACACAACCUUUACCUUGUUUAAUACCAUGUGCAAUUGAUCAAGAUCCAUAUUUUCGAAUGACACGUGAUGUAGCACCAAGAUUAAAUUUUCCAAAACCUGCACUUAUACAUUCAACAUUUUUUCCAGCAUUACAAGGUGCACAAUGUAAAAUGAGUGCAUCAGAUAUAAAUUCGUCAAUAUAUUUAACCGAUACACCAAAAGAAAUUGAAGACAAGAUCAAGAAACAUGCAUAUAGUGGCGGUAGAGAAACAUUAAAAGAACAUCGUGAAAAAGGCGGUAAUUGUGCUACAGAUGUGGCUUAUCAAUAUUUAAAAUUUUUCUUAUCCGAUGAUGAAAAAUUAGAAGAAUUAAAACAGGAUUAUACAAGUGGUAAAAUGUUAACUGGUGAAUUAAAGACGAUAUUAGUUGAUGUAUUGCAAAAACUUAUAUGUGAACAUCAAGAAAGACGAAAACAAAUAACAGACGAUGAUGUUAAAGAAUAUAUGAAACCAAGAAAAUUAAAAUUUCGUUGA